GUUAGUGUCAAGGGAAUUUCUCAAUUUGGUCUGUGGCGCAUCGACCGGAGCACAUAAUUUUGUUCUCACCACGAAGGCUUGCUGGUUAUUCGAAGCUCUAUUCAUCACAAAACCAAAAUGUCACUGAAAACCCUCCCAUUGCUUUUCAUCAAUCUCGGUGGAGAGAUGAUGUAUAUUUUGGAUCAAAGACUUCGUGCUCAGAACAUACCGCAAGAAAAAGCUAAAAAAGUUCUCAAUGACAUUGUGGCCACCAUGUUCAACAAACGUUUCAUGGAAGAGCUGUUUAAACCACAGGCAUUGUACUCGAAAAAGGCCAUGCGGACAGUGUUUGACCGGCUCGCUCAUGCAUCCAUCAUGAGACUCAAUGCUGCUAGCAUGGAUAAGCUGUACGAUUUGAUGACCAUGGCCUUCAAGUACCAGGUUUCUCUGGCUCUGCGGCCCAAGGACAUCAUACUGAUCACUCUGAACCACAUGGACGCCAUGAGAGCGUACGUAGAGGGCAGCACCACCGUGCGCGGUCAGGUGGACACGGUCUACAAGAUGCUCAUUGACACAUACGCAUCGCUGUCAAAUGGUGAAUUUCAGUUGAUCAGACAAACAUUGUUGAGCUUCUUUCAAGACAUGCACAUACGUGUCUCUAUUUUCCUGAAAGACAAAGUCCAGAACAACAAUGGACGAUUCAUCCUCACCCCUGGUGGUAAUCUACCUUUUGGCACAGAAGUCCCAGGUGUUAUCAGAUCUUAUGAUGCCUCUGGUACGUCAAGGAACAUUGGGUUCCAGGGUGGUGCGGCCUAUGUUGCUGUCACUAGGGAAGGCUCCUUUGACGCUAAGGGGGACCGGAGCACAAGGCUUGGGACAAACAUGUAUUCUGCCGCUCGACCUGUGGAGACUAGCGGUCACAGUACUAGCAAAUCUGUGAUGCAGGGUGGAGACAUGGACACCAGCAACCCCGACCCUCUGGCCAAGGCCCAUCUGGACCUCCUGUCUCAGCUGAUUGGAGCAGAUGUCACGAAGAAUGAGUUCAGGCUCAACUUGUUCCAGAACGAUCAGGAAGAAGAGGAAGCAGCGUCCAUUCAGCCAAUAGAAACAGCCGAGUCCAAAGUGGUCAACAUCGAUGCCUCCAAGAAGAAGCAGAGUUCAGAACUGUCCAAAAUCAUGGGCGAGAUGACCUUGGAGGACGGGGGCGCUGACGGCGGGGACUCGGAUCUGCUCUCGCUCAUGGACAGCUAGGCUGUGGCGUCGACAGCUAACCUGCUGCGGCGACGUCGUUUAGAAUUCUAGAACUAAAUCUCUUCGGUGGAUUCUCUGGGGUUGAUGUGUAAUACUGGGCUUGACUUUAUUUCAAUCUUGAUUUGUCGAUUGCUUUACUUUUCUGUAACUUUGUUUUCAGAUUAAAAAACGGAAGUGAUUUUUUUUUUCUUCAAUGAGUUUUGUUAAAUUGACAUCUUUAUCAUUAUAUUAAGCGUUUUUAAAAAUUUUAAUCCACCUUUAAUACUGGUACAUUUUUAAUUUGGUUCAUUAUUUGAUUUAAAUGUUGUUGCAGCUUUUUUCCUUCAAUUACAAGGAAGAAGCAGUUGUGAAUAUGGUGAUGUAAUGUAGGCUACUGAAAAAAAUCAUACAUAUUCUGUUUCCUAAAUGAACCAGUCAAUGGUCUCUCAGCAUUUUGAAUUCUGUUGGUGUCUCACUACAUACUUGUGAAUUUUCUCAAUCAAAAAAGUUUGGUUGUAAUGUGGUACAGUUGUCUACAUCUUAGAUCCCCUGACCUGACUCCCUGGUAAACCUUAGAUCUCACGUUACUGAAAAAGUGAAAUAUUUGAUAUAGAGGUCCCCUUUAGAUCCCAGUUUUCACAGGAGAAAGUUGACUACAACCCCAAUUUUCUCUCUUGAUAGUCUAGUCAAGUAAGACUUAAACAAGCACACAUGUAUAUUUGACAGAUUGAAACUCACUGUCACGUUUUUCCAGUGGCUUUGUUAGACAUCAUCAGACGUGUGUUUGGUUGUUUUCCGUGUACAGCUCCAGAUCUCUCUCAUGUGUCAAGUCGUUGGAGGUUUUUGACUACCUGAUGUAACUCCAACAUCUCAGCUUUUACGCUCUGUCCCUGCAUCUUGUCAAUACCAACGUUUUUGUAGGGGGAAGGGAGGCCGAAGGGCAAGAACUCGAAUAGCCGCUGGAUCGGAAAAGUGAAGUAAAAGUAAAGUAAAGUAGGGGAAAGGAAGCAAGAGUACACGUAUUGUAUAUCGACUGCUGAAAUGCGAACACCAUACCUCCAGACCACAAGAGCCCCAAUCACUCUUAAAAUGAUUCCAUAGCCAUUGGGGAGAUUGUUCUGACUUGAUCAUAAGUCCUCUCUGAGUCUGUGCCAGUUAAAACCUUUUUAUCCUAAUUUUUCCACUUUUUCCCAACUCCCAUGCAAUGGAGUCUGAGGCGAAGACUACUGUACCAGUCAUAUAACAGCUGUAUCCACUCUGUGCCACAGA